UGCCUCUCCAGCCCAGAACAGCAUUCCAGAAGCAGAGCAUGAGCAGCGUGUCCCCAAAGGCUGAGCAUUCCACCAGCUGGUGACUGAGAGCUGCAAUUUGGAGAAUAUUGGCAGUGCACAGGAUCUGGGGAGACGGGAGCACACAACAAUGCUGCUGAAAGGAAUCUGAGCCACAGAGCAUGCUUUGUGCCACAGUUACCCAGAAACACGUGUAAAGGAAAGAGAUUUGAAGAUGAACUUUUUUAACCAGGUGCUGAAUGCUGUCUACCAACUACUUUGUCGAUGAAGGAAGAAACUGAUUGGGAACUGAAGGCACCAACUAGUUCAUAAUCCUGUUCAACAUGCGCAAAGGGGUGCCAAAGGACCCAGAAAUAGCUGACCUGUUCUACAAAGAUGAUCCUGAAGAAAUAUUUGUGGGUUUACAUGAAAUCGGACAUGGAAGUUUUGGAGCGGUUUACUUUGCUACGAAUUCCCACACUAAUGAGGUGGUGGCAGUCAAGAAGAUGUCCUACAGCGGCAAGCAAACCAAUGAGAAAUGGCAGGAUAUCAUCAAAGAAGUCAAGUUUCUGCAACAACUGAAGCACCCAAACACCAUAGAAUAUAAGGGCUGUUACCUGAAGGAGCAUACAGCAUGGUUGGUUAUGGAGUACUGUUUAGGAUCAGCUUCUGAUUUGCUAGAAGUUCACAAGAAACCACUUCAGGAAGUGGAGAUUGCUGCCAUCACCCACGGUGCCUUGCAGGGGCUGGCCUACCUGCACUCUCACUGUAAGAUACACAGGGACAUUAAAGCUGGAAAUAUUCUUCUAACAGAACCGGGUCAAGUAAAGCUAGCUGAUUUUGGGUCUGCAUCUAUAGUCUCCCCUGCCAAUUCCUUUGUAGGAACACCUUACUGGAUGGCACCAGAGGUGAUCCUUGCUAUGGAUGAAGGACAGUACGAUGGGAAGGUGGAUGUCUGGUCUCUUGGGAUCACAUGUAUUGAGUUAGCUGAAAGGAAGCCUCCGCUUUUCAACAUGAAUGCAAUGAGUGCCUUAUAUCACAUAGCCCAGAACGAUUCCCCUACCUUACAGUCGAACGAAUGGUCAGACUCCUUUAGGGGAUUUGUUGAUUACUGCUUACAGAAAAUACCUCAGGAAAGGCCAUCAUCAGCAGAUCUACUACGGCACGAUUUUGUUCGCCGAGAUCGACCACCGAGAGUCCUCAUAGACCUCAUACAGAGGACAAAAGAUGCAGUACGAGAACUGGAUAACCUUCAGUACAGGAAAAUGAAGAAAAUCCUUUUCCAAGAGACGCGGAACGGCCCUCUGACUGAGUCUCAAGAAGAGGAGGAGGACAGUGAGCAUGGAUCAAACCUGAGUAGGAAGAUGGACAGUCUGGGCAGCAACCAUUCCAUCCCAAGCAUGUCUGUGAGCACAGGCAGUCAGAGCAGCAGUGUGAGCAGCAUGCAGGAGGUCCUGGAUGAGAGCAGCCCUGAACUGGUCAUGAUGCAUAGUGACGAGAGCACAAUUAAUUCCACUUCCUCCGUUGUUCAGAAGAAGGUAUGUCCUCUAGUGCUCUCCAUAGCUUCCUGCGGUCCCUGCUAUCGCUCACGUUGGCUCUCCUGCAUAGGGCCCCAUGAGCAGUGUGCUGUGGUCUUGUGCUGAGCCAUCUGCUGAGAGCAGGAGCUGGUGCUGGGCUUGCCAGAGUCAAGUUCUGUGUUUGUUCUGUAACGGCUGAGCUGUAUGUAGAGAAGCUGCAAAUAAAGAGACUGCUAACGAAGGGUAGUGCUGUCAGUGGCUAGGCAGGGCUCCUGCAGACUUACUGCAUGCCUCCUCACCCAGCCCUGCAUGUGCACCCCUUCAUCUCUGCUUUGUGACAUCAGUCCUCGUUUCCUUGUGUAUGACUGUACUGUGUUAUAUGGGAUGGUGACAAGUGGUCACAGCAGCUGAGCUAACCAUUUACCAGUCACAGUGUAUGAUUAAAAUCUGCUUGCACUUGGAUUUCCCUCAUGAGAAGUGGAAGUGUGCAGAACAUUGGACCCUUCCCACGAGGUAUGUUAUGAGUCAAAUUCCACUCUAUGCUUUUCUGCUCUUUUGCUGCAUGUUGUGAUCUGUUGCCUUUUUGUUUUCUUAGUGCUAGAUAGCAGAAUGAAGUCGUCCUGCCCUAUCUAACUCAGCAUCUAAUCUGAUAUUGGCCAAACUGAAAUUGUUUUGGUCGUAGUAGUAGUGUUUACUAGUGGGCAGUAAGAUGUAGGUUUUGUGUGAUUGCUUUUUCAAAGGGUUUUCAAUGCAUUUAUGUGCUUUUUGCCAACAGAGCUAAAACAUUACAGAAAGUAUGAAUUUCUCCUUUGUAGUGUUAUGACAAAGCCUAGUUUUAACUAACUAAGUGUUUUGUAGGCAAGUUUCUUCCUCCCGAAAUGCAAUAUUUGUGUGAUUGAACAUGGAAGCGUUUGUAGAAGGAAGCUCUCAAGUCAUUUUGUCUCCAACAAAAGGUUGCCUUAUACAUUUAGAUACACUAGAAGAUAAGUUGGGUUUGUUUCAGAGGGUUACGUUUGCAAUAGCACCUUGAAGAAGAUAGCUAUGAAAUGCCACUCUCACGAGUGAAGAGUGGCAUAACUAGUUUUCUGUUCUGGAGGAUUCUAGUUAAAGCUUUUCUUCAUUUUGUGUACAUUUCAGGAACGUGUAUUUUGAUUUCACGUUGCCAAGUGGUUGUAUUUAUGUAUGUGUUAAAAAAGAGAGAUUUGAGAGAUUGAUUUGCACAAUAAUACGUUGUAAUAUUACUGAUGGAUUGGUGUCAUUGCAGUUGAUGAAAACAAAGUGUGAACCACUUCCAUCAGAUCUAAAUUGCAUGUGUCAAAGGAGCAGAGUGCUGUUUGCUUUAAUAUGGUUAUUUCAUUUUGUACUGGAAGGGAGGGGAGCAUUCUCUCACUCAGUCCUGUGGUUGCACACUGUGCACAGGACAGCACUUGCACUGUGAACAAACACAAUAACAAUACCAGCUGGGUGUUUUGUUGCAUGGUAUGGAAAAACAGGAUUGCUUACAUACCUUUCAGGGAAAGAGCAUGAAGGAACUCACCUGUGGGUCACCUCCAGCUUAUGUUUUAGGGUAAUUUUGGAAGCACAAACAUCAGAGCUUUGUUGAUGAUCCUUAUGAAGCAGUUAACAACGGGCACCUUGCACAGGUGCAGAUGUCAACACAGUUGGCAGAUGUUACCUUCUGCUGUACACGUGCAUUAAGUGCAUUUGGAAUAUGUGUGGCAGGAUGUUACCACGCUGAAAAUACAGUUUUAAUUGAAUGUAUGUCUUUUUUAAAUUAUCUUACCUUGAGGAAUGCAAUUUUAAAUGAAAAACUGCUUUGUCUAUGCAUUAUGUAUAUAGUAAUACCUGUGUAAAUACUAUAAUUGCAACAGGGCAUUUCCUGGGGCUUACACACACAUACAGCCUGUUCUGUUUUCAAGGUAAAAUUCCUUAUUUGGGGAAAAACCCCUUCAGUCUGUACUUGCUCUGACUACUUCUGUAACCCGGUUGAGUGGAUGCACACACGUUGUGUUUUGUUCUACCAGGUGAGAAGCAGGGGGUGCUGAGUUCAGUUACACUCCCAGAGCCUAAUCUCAAACAAAAUCCAGAGAACCUGGGGGUUCAAGCUUAAAUUAAGCUUUUGUUUUGCAUUUAAUCAGCCUUUAAAGGCUAAAAAAGAAAAUACAGAUGCACCUGAUUAGCCAGCUGUCUGCCUUAUGUGGGCAUAGGGUCAUGUGCUGGAUUGUUUUGACAUGGGUCAAAUCAGAAUGCUCAGUGAAAUUAUGGCGUUCCACAAAUGUGUUAAUUAACGACCUCCAGAUGUACCAGACUGUGUGCACAUGCCCACGAUGGCUGCAUUGCCUGAGCUGUUAGCGUGGCUCAGAGCUCGAGGUGUCAGAGGCCUUUGGAUUUCAUUGCCCCACAGCCCCAGCGUGUUUAGUUGAGACCCACUAACUGUAUGCUAGCUCUGGGUAGCCAAGAUGCCACCAAGCACUACCCAAGCAUUUGGGGUGGAUCCUCCAUGAGAAGAGGACGCAUCCUCACUCCUUCCACCAGGCAGAACCUUUGGGGCAGCACUUUGCUCUCUGCCUUUCUGAGCUUCUGCUUGGAACGAAGGUUGCUCCUAUUUGUCAGCAGAGUGAAACCCGUGGGUUGGAAGAAAAAUGACUUGAAAAGAAGAAAAUAAUGGUAGCCAUCCCUAACUGACCGUGUCACUCUUUAUGUAAUUGAGUUUAUAGUUGUAUCCUAAAUUGCUGGGGGAAAAAAAAAAUUCUGUUAAUGUCUGCUACUUGUGCUGCAAGUCCUGCGUCCUCCCUUUCUGGGAUCUUAGGCCUCCCUUGGAAUCCAAGGCUUUCCUCAACAGUGUCCCCUCAUCAAAGCAGUUUCUUCAUAGGGUUUUCAGAUAUCCAGCAGUGAUGGGCUGUUUUACUGGGAGCACUGCCUUUUCUCUUUCCUGGUUACGUCCCUCAUGCAGGGCUCAGUCUGAUCAGUGUAAGAGUUCUGGUUUUCCAGCCUCUUUCUUAAAGAUAACUGCGUGACUGUGCUCCUCCAUUAUGUUAGCAGUGGAUGCACUCUCUUGCUCCCAAAGGGAGAUGGAGACUAACUCAGUUGUUCCUUCUGCUACUUCAGGUUGAGAACUGAAGAGUGCAAGCCCAGAUGUGGCUUCAGAUACAGAAUUCAAAAUGGAAGGGUGAGAGGAAAACCAUGUGAACUCCAAAGUCACUGUUGUUUUUAGGAGGUGUACAGACUGUUAGGUGCAGUGACUUACAGACGUGAGGUUUUGCCUGUGAGUGCAGGCAGUGGUGACCCUGUGUGUACCUUCUGGUCAUGCAGGUCAGGGACAUGGAGCCUGUUCUGCAAAGACUCCUGGUGUUUAAACCUCUCUGCAGAUGAUUGAGGCAUUUAGUACCGUGUAUUAAAAUGAAAGACGAUGCUCCUUUGAAUCCUUAGAAGUCAAGGAUUUGCUGCAGUUGUAUGCAGUGCUCUGCAGUUGCGUGCAAGUCUUUUCUGUGGCUCAGAAAUUCCCUCUCCUGUUUGCCUAGGACAUUGGAAGUCCUCCUCAAGUGGAGGUUCCUCGUGUAUGAAGCCUUUGUGAAGGCAUCUCUUUGGUGUGCAGAACUGAAGGUGCAACACGCAGUCCAGGGGUGCAAUUUGGUUGUUUCUACUUCAGGUUGCUCUGGUGUGAUCAGUUUGAUGUUGGGGAAGUUAUUUCUGAAUCAGUUGUAAAGACAGUGGGACUCCUUUCUCUGUGUUUUGCACUUAUGUUGGAUGCUCUACCAGUGCAAGAGCUUCAACACAGUUAUAUACUGAAAGGAAUGUAAACACCAAAUGCAAUUUAUAGAUCUGUCUCUCCAGUUUUGUCGUGAUUAAAAUCUGAGGCAAAAUUCUCAUUGAUUCAUCAGGAGGGAAAAAAUCAACUCCAAUGUACCUACUGAGUUUUCUAUUUGCUUCUGUAGCUUGCUGGUUCUGAGCAAGUGUUCUAUUCACAUAGGAGGCUUCAUUUCAGAAAUGGUUCUGUUUUCAUGGAAUCACUGAAUCACAGAACUGUUUGAGGUGGAAGGGGCCCUUAAAGGCCAUCUAAUCCAACUGACCUUGGGUGUCUGCAGGGACAGGGCACCCCAGUGUUACUCAAAACAAUCUUCGUCUUGAAGCAAACACAAAUGAUUUGGUCAGUGUGAUUUUCUGGAAGAGGCCUACUCCGAAUGCCCGUAACACAACUUGAAAGCAAAUGGCAGGUGAGUUAGGUAGAUGUCCUGGUGUUGGGGCAGAGAUUGUAAAAACUGCUGUUCUGUGAGGAAGAUGAAAAAGACGUCUUGUGGUGGAACCAGCAUGGGGCUCUGGAGGUAAAACUGAGGUUCCCGCUCCAGGGACUGACCUUGGGCAAGCCGUCUGGGUUUGAGCUGUGAUUUGCUGCUUUCUUGGUUGAAAUCUUUGCAUUCACCCUAGCAUGUUAACGUAAUGGAGAGAAGGGAGACAGCUGAGCGACUGGCAUAUUGCUGUAGGAGACCUUAGGAACCUGUGUUGCUUCAGACCAUGGAUGUAUAACCAUAAGUAAGAUUUGGCCUGUUGCCCCCUCAGUUUUGCUGCUCUAGUAGAGCUCUUGUAGCUCUUGUGUUCUUAGAAUCAUAGAAUUAAGGUUGGAAAAGACCCCUAAGAUCUCACCCAACCUUCUGCAUCUCUUCAGUCCUUUGUGAUUAAGACAUCUAAAUCUUGUACAGAUCUUUAGGACAGAAUUUUUAUUCAGCUUUAUUUAGCAUUCGGGUAACUCCAGUGUCAGUUUGCAGUUGCUGUCACUGUUCCCUUUGCCCUGGCCUGCUUCAGAACCGUGUGUGCACAUAAAGCAAUGCAUGCAGGAGCCCUGAGAGCCCUGGGUCAGCCGGGUCCAUCCCUGCAGGGCUGCCGCUCAGCUCAGCUGAAUUGCUGGGGCUGCAGGCUCCCAACGUGGCAGCAGGAAUAUCAAACCGAGAGGUGAUGUUAGAAGCCAGUCAGCCUCAAAUACAGUCCUGGGAUUGUGUUUCAGUCCUUACACCUUCUUGCUAGAAGAGAUAGCGGCAGAGCUGUAGGAAACCGUGGCAUUGGUACCCUUCCAGUGAACCCAUGAGUCUCAACUGAGUGAUGCUGUUGAAGUAUAAAUGUUUAAUCACUGCUUUUUUUUGGUGUGACCGUAACAGUCUCAGACUUAGCUUCCUCGUCACAACAUGGAAGUCCGGGUGAACCCUCGCUGUCAUUUGAACUUGCAUAGAUUGAAAAUCUAAGAUCUACCCCAUUGCCAGUAAUGGACCUUCUGUAAUGCUAUCUCCUCCUGCUGAGGAUGUGCAACAAAAAGCCCCGUGUAAGAAUAUCAAAUGUUAAAAGAAAUUGCAACUGUUUUAUUACCCUCUGCAUCGAUUCACUAGUGCUAUGGCAGGAAUGUCCCUAUAGCUAUAGGAGCUGCUAUAGCUGUGGUGCAGUGAUGGUUUCAGCCAUUGCUCUCCCUGCCAAGGCAAGGGAAGGUUGUGUGGGGCUCAAAGUGAAGGACUGAAGAAAAGGUGUCUAUUUUAAACAUUUAAAAUCAAUGCGUGAUUUGGUUCUUUAAAUCAGUGCUUCUCUACCUGUUGGCCUUUUGCUGGAAGGCAUAUUGAAGCGUGUCCAGAGAAGGGCAACAAGCUGUGCAGGGUGUGGAGCACAGGUCUCACAGGGAGCAGCUUGGGGAGGUGGGAUGGUUUGUUUAUCUGGAGAAAAGGAGCUCAGGGGAAACCUCAUUGCUCCCUGUAACUGCCUGGAAGGGGGUUGUGGUGAGGUGGGGAUCAGCCUCUGCUCCCAAGUUACAGUGAUAGGGUGGGAGGUGAUGGCCUCAAGUUGCACCAGGGGAGGAGCAGGGUGGAUAUUAGGAACAAUUUCUUCUCUGCGAGUGGUGAUGCAUUGGCACAGGUUGCCCAGGGAGCUGGAGUUCAUCGUCCCUGGAGGUGUUCAAGGAAAGGACAGCUAUUGCACUGAGUGACAUGGCCUAGAGCAGUCACAGACAUGGGUUGGGGUUGGACCUGAUGAUCUUAGUGAUCUUUCCAGCCUUGACGGUUCUAUGGUCCUAUGAAAGCGGUUGUAUUUGUGCAGGUCCAAUCUAGGAGUGGCAGAGCACUGGGGAAAGAAGGCUCUGGUGUGGGGGAGAAGUGCCAUGGAGAAAGUGCCACUGUGUGUGGACUGCUUGGUGAUGGUACGGCGGGCAGCAGAGGUGUGUGGUCGCCCACAGACACCUGCACAACCCCUGGGUCAUUGCUGUGCUCCAUACAGAAGUUAAUUACACACCUCUACUGUAGGGCUGUAGAAGUGAGCAGCGCCUUCCUUUGCACCCGUUCCAGCUGGAAACCUGAUGUUAUUCAGGAAGACUCUCAAGUUGGUCAUGGCUACACCAAGCCUGUGCUGGUGACCCAGUGGGACGUGGUGGUGGCCUUGGGCACAUCCUGCAGGCACAAGGGCUGCUGGCUGCCACCUUUCUGUGUUUGUGGUUGUUUGCCAGCAAGCCAGGGGGGAAGCUACACGGGAAAAGCAUUUGUGCUAAAACCUGUGAGCUGUUGCUUUAAAGGGGGGGAAAAAGAAGAAAAA